AGAAAAGAGAGAAGGAUACCUCCUUCGUGUGGCUCGUGAUCUAUUUGGCGUGUGAUCGGGGUAAACAAGUGGUGUAGUGUAGAAUGAUCGCGUUGCGCGUGAAAACCCGAGCAACUAGAGCAUAGCAAAAAGAUGCAAUCUCCGAGAGUUGCGGAGGUCCUCGGAGUAUCCCGCGUGAGAAGGGUGAUCUCGUGUGCGUGUGUGCGCAAAGGGGACAUUCUGGGCGGAUGGCAGACUGCGAGGCGUUGCGCACAGUUGGCGGCAUAUUUCGACUACGAACCGGCGACGGUUUACAGCAUAUAUAAGAGACUAGAGGGCUAGGCUGAGCCAUCAGUAGUAGUUUUAGGUCGCUUUACGUUAAUGUAGAGCAAUUUCAUCGCUCGUUGCGUGACCCGAUCGGUUGUAUCCUUUUUGUGAAGUUUUACUACCGUGCGUGCAAAGUGCGUGUUGCUCUCAUUUCGGCGGAAAAUUUAGUGAAUUUUUCGAAAAUUUAAAAUGAAGCUCUUUGCUGCAAUCUUGAUUGUGGCUUUAGCAGCGCCAAGUUUAGGAAAUCCCGCCCCAGACUGUCCUCCGGGUGGCCAUGACUAUUCCUAUCCUGCACCGGAAGUACAAUUGUCUGUAGGAAAAGCAAUCAACAGCGUUAGCGUUACACCUGGUUUUUCGUCCUAUGCGGUAGAUGGUGCUGUCAAGUACUCCUCGGUUGGUCCUUCAUACAGCUCGUACGAAGCAUCUCCAGCCUACUCUGCUUUCGGAACUACUUCCGAUCUGAAACUCUCCAGUUAUGUUCCAGCCGUAAAAUCAGUCUCAGCGACGCCAGGAGUUGUGUAUGCUGAUAAAUCUCAGUCGGUUUCCUAUGCCAAAGUAGCGGCAGCUCCUGCAAUCGUUGCAUCUGCACCAGCUUAUGUUUCCAAGGAAUAUCUGCCACCGGUAAAGGCUGUGUAUUCCACCGGACCAGCGAUAGCAUCCUACGCAUCAGCUCCAGCCAUUUCGACCUACUCGGCAGCCCCUGCCAUAUCUUCUUAUGUUUCUACGCCGGCGGUUAGCAAAUAUGUUAGCGCUCCAGCGGUCAGCUAUGCUGCUGCUCCAAUUGCAAAGGUUGCUACUUAUUCUGCCCCAGUUGCAAGCGUGAUCUCCACGGCCAAGGUUGCAUCAUACGCUGCACCAGCCGCGUAUGCUUCAUACACUCCAGCCACCAAAGUAGCAUAUGCUGCCCCAGCUGUAUCUUAUGCCGCUGCUACACCAGCCGUGUCUUCAUAUUAUAGCUCUCCUGCUAUUACUAAGUAUGCUGCCUCUCCUGCCAUCUCCAGUUCAUACGUUUCAUCACCUGUGGCAGCAGUAACAAAAUAUGCUCCAUAUUCAGCUCAAGCCUAUGCUCCAGCAGUAUCAUCUGCCUACGUUGCACAGCCGGUGGUAUCGAAGGUCGCGUAUGCAGCUCCAGCUGUAGCAAAAUACGUCUCGAGUCCAGCAGUUGCUGCCUAUUCCGCAGCACCUGCCAUUUCAUCCUACUACUCUGCUCCAGCGGUUUCUAAAGUAGUAUCAUCUCCAGCUUACUCGUCAUAUGUUGCAGCUCCAGCUGUUGCCAAGGUUGCUUCCUAUCCAGCCUACUCCGCAUCCUAUGUUGCCCCUGCAGUAUCAUCAUCAUACGCCGCGCCAGUCGUAGCGAAGGUAGCCUCUCCUUCCUAUGGUUAUGCCUCAUAUGGAUCAGCUGCUAAAUAUGCAUCCUACGCUGCCCCUGCCACAUAUGCUUCAUAUACUCCAGCCGCUAAAGUAGCGUAUGCUGCACCAGCAGUUUCGUAUGCCGCCGCAACCCCAGCCGUGGCUAAAUACGUUUCUUCACCGGCGGUAUCUUAUGUAUCUGCAGCACCAGCUGUCGCUAGGUAUGUUUCUUCACCAGCGGUGUCAUACGCUUCCGCAACACCAGCGGUUGCCAAGUACGUUGCUUCCCCAGCGGUUUCGUACGCUUCCGCAACUCCAGCCGUGGCAAAAUACGUUGCUACACCAGCGGUAUCAUACGCCUCUGCUUCACCAGCAGUGUCAUAUGCCUCUGCAUCACCAGCAUUAGCUAAAUACGUUUCUACACCAGCUGUCUCCUCAUAUUACGCUGCCCCUGCUGUAGCCAAGUACUCUACCGUACCAGCUGUGUCAGCAUCGUAUGCUGCUCCAGCCCUGACAUCAUCCUAUGUCUCACCAGCCGUAACAAAGGUUGCAUCCGUUCCUGCUUAUUCCGCAUCCUAUGUUGCACCAGCAGUGUCAACUUCCUACGCCUCUCCAGCUAUUUCUUCUGCUUACGUAUCACCAGCUGUUACCAAGUACACCACCGGUCCAGCAUACGCUGCUUACAGUGCCGGCCCAGCUAUAUCGAAGUUAGCUGUCACUCCCGCAGUAUCCGCGUACAGUUCUUCUGGUGCCUUUGAGAAAGUAAUCAGUGGUCCAGCUUAUUCCGGCUAUGUCAGUUCUCCAUCUAUCUCUAAAGUCGUGUCAACGCCAGCCAUAGCAGCCUACAGUGCCGGUCCAGCGUAUUCCGGCUAUUCCGUUGGACCUGCUAUUGCCAAGUAUGCUGCUGCUCCCGCCAUUGCCAGCUAUGCUUCAACCGGGGCCGCCCAUGGAUAUUACGCUGGAGCAGGGCUCUCUUCCGCCCAUUACGGAGGAAUUCGUUACGCUGCGGCUACACCAGCCAUCACCUCUAGCUAUAUCUCCGCACCAGCCGCCACAAUCGUCAAAUCUGCUGUACCUGCAACCAUCGUGAAAACAGUAGCUGAGAAACAUCUAGAAUACUACGAUGACCAUCCACGAUAUGCGUUCGAAUAUGGCGUCAACGAUCCGCUGACCGGUGACCAUAAACACCAGAAAGAGGAACGCGACGGUGAUGUUGUACGAGGUCAGUACUCGCUGGUGGAACCCGAUGGUAACGUGCGCACGGUCGAUUACUACGCUGACUGGGCCACCGGAUUCCACGCCACCGUGACCAACAGUCGGGAUCAAGUUCAUGCAACUAAAGUUAUAGGAAAACGUGCCGUUGUUAAGGCAUAAGGAAAGCGGCUAACAUUUGCUACCUACUGAGCCACGACGACAAAACCUUGUAUAAAUGUUUUCUUAGUUAUUAGGAAGUAAGUAAUGAGGAAAAACAAGCAAAUUAUUUAUUGACCGAAACAAUAUGUCAGCAAUAGCGCGAAAGUAAGUGUAAACGCAAACAUUCCAAUCGAACAUUUUGUUUUGAAUUAUUUUUACUAGCCACAUUCUGCCAUUAGUCCCAUUUUUUUAUUGUAUAAUUUGUUGUAUAUACUAAUUCUCAUCGAAGUUAUAGCAACGCGAUUUGUGAUUUUGUUUAUUUUUUAUUUUUUUCGUUAUCUUUAUCCUUACAUCGCCCGCAAACCUUUGUUCAUAUACUUAUCAUUUUGUUUACAAUCGACUUUUAUAUAUCAAAAUGCCAGCAAGCGUAACGAACAUCUUCUAUUGGAUCACUGAAUGGAAAACGCAUGAUUUCAAUGUGAUAAACGUGUCAUAAAACAUAAUCUGUAUUUGUCUAAACAACGAGAAUGAAAUAAAAGUAUAAUAGAAAAAUA